AUGCCGUUCGUUGAGCAGCCGCCGCAGGGUGCAGGCAUCCGCAUCGCUAUAGAUCGCGGUGGUACCUUCACAGACUGCUUGGGUAUCGUACCAGGGAAACCAGAUGUGCUAGUCAAGCUUCUGAGUAACGAUCCGACUAACUAUGCCGAUGCACCCACAGAGGGUAUUCGCAGGAUACUUGAGCAGGCCUUGAACGUGUCCAUACCACGCGGCGGCAAGAUCGACACCAGCAACAUCGAAUCGAUCAAGAUGGGAACUACAGUCGCGACAAACGCCUUGUUGGAACGAAACUCCACAAAAUGCGCGUUGGUUGUCACCAAAGGUUUCAGAGAUCUACUACGCAUAGGUGAUCAGACCAGACCGAAGCUGUUUGACCUCAACAUCCGAAGGCCUGAGACGUUGUUCGACGAUGUACUAGAGAUUGACGAGCGCGUCACACUUCACGAUUCGACCGAGGACAAGUCAACACUACGAGACCCUGACCGCAACUCCUAUGACCUGGAAAGGGGGGUGGGCGGCGAAGCCAUUCGCGUUUUGCGACCAAUUGACAGCACACAUGCCCGCGAAGGUCUCCAGGUCCUGUUCGACAAGGGCGUGCGGUCCUUGGCGAUAACGCUCAUCAACAGCUAUACUUUCCCGAACCACGAGCUUCAGGUUGCCGAUAUCGCCAGAGACAUCGGCUUCACGCAGAUAUCAGUCUCAUCACAGAUCUUUCCCAUGAUCAGAGCCAUUUCGAGAGGCUACUCAGCAACAGCAGACGCGUACCUUACGCCUUUGACGCGCAAUUACAUCGACGGCUUUCGUGAAGGCUUCGUAGGCGGCCUGGAAGAUACCAAGGGUGCUCGUUGCGAGUUCAUGCAAAGUGAUGGAGGACUAGUGGGGUGGCAGCACUUCAGCGGUCUCAAAGCUAUCCUGUCAGGUCCGGCUGGAGGUGUUGUCGGAUUCAGCAAGACAUGUUUUGAUGUACAGCGGAGGAAGCCAGUGAUAGGAUUCGACAUGGGCGGAACCAGCACUGAUGUUUCGCGGUAUGCGGGAACACUGGAGCACACCUUUGAGUCAAUCACGGCUGGUGUGACGAUUCAAUCUCCACAGCUAGAGAUCGACACUGUUGCCGCCGGCGGUGGAAGCAUACUUUCCUAUCGCAACGGUCUCUUCCUCGCAGGCCCCGAAUCAGCAAGCGCCCAUCCAGGCCCAGCAGCAUACCGAAAAGGUGGACCUCUGACGGUUACAGAUGCAAAUCUUGUCUUGGGACGUUUGCAGGCUGAGUACUUUCCAAAGAUCUUCGGCAAGCACGAGAAUGAACCUCUGGAUUAUGAAGGCGCAAAGCGAGCUUUUGAAGAGUUACUCGUUACGGUCAACGCGGACCUGUCACAGACUAGCGGAAAGACGAAGACUGUCGAAGAGCUUGCUCUUGGCUUUUUGGAAGUUGCGAAUGAGACAAUGUGUCGGCCCAUACGCUCUCUCACUGAAGCCAAGGGGCACCGAACCUCUGAUCACGAUCUUGCGGUCUUCGGUGGCGCAGGCGGACAAGCUGCCUGCGCUAUUGCUGCUAACUUGGGCAUCGACCGCAUUUUGAUUCACCGCUACUCUUCUAUCUUGUCAGCAUAUGGCAUGGCAUUGGCAGACGUCGUUCGCGAUGUUCAGGAGCCGUGCUCAGUAUUGCUGAAGUCCUCAUUCGAUGAACUUGACGAAAGGCUGUCGUCGCUCGAGAAGUACGCGGCUGAACAACUGGCUAACGACGGGUUCUCUGGCCAAACAAUCGGUUUCGAGCACUUUCUUAACCUCCGCUACGAAGGGUCUGACACAACCUUCAUGGUUUCGCGCCCUGAUCAAGGAACUUGGGACGACGCGUUCGUAGCUGAACACAAGCGCCAAGACAUCCCGCUCAACGAAGGCUGUCUCCGUCCUCUCACCUUUACAAUCCCACAAGGAAGUAUCCUGAACCCCUCUCCAUACGCCGCAGUAUGCGCAGGAAACCCCAUCACAUCCCAACGCGUCACCGAUGUCGUCAUCCGCGCAUUCGAAGCCUGUGCCGCGAGCCAAGGUGACUGCAACGUCUUCUCCUUCGGCAUAAACGGCGACCACGACGACAACGGCACACCCAUCCCCAACUCUGGCUUUGGCUUCGGAGAAACGAUAUGUGGAGGCAGUGGCGCAGGACCCGGUUGGCACGGCACUUCAGGCGUGCACAUCCACAUGACGAAUACGCGUAUCACAGACCCGGAGCUACUGGAGAAGCGUUACCCUGUGCUUCUUCGUGAGUUUAGUAUACGUGAUGGGUCGGGUGGAGAAGGGCGCUGGAAUGGUGGAAAUGGGAUUCAGCGCGUGUAUGAGUUCUACCGCGAUAUGAAUGCUUCAAUUGUUAGUGAGAGGCGGGUCACUAGGCCAUAUGGUAUGCUUGGGGGUGAGGAUGGCAGUAGUGGGGUAAAUUAUAUUGUUAAGAAGGUUGGUGGGCGGUGGUGUAGGCUGGGUGGACGGAAGGACUUUUCUGUGCAGAAGGGAGAUUGCUUUGUCAUUGACACACCUGGUGGGGGCGGGUGGGGGAUGAGGAAUGAGGACGAGACAGGGGAUGUGGGAAGUGCACCGAGAUCGGCUGUGCAACGGAGGUUUGUUAGCCAAUUUCAAUUGGCGCAGGAAGCCAGCAACUAG